UUUCAUACAACUGCAGCAACAACCUUUAUGAUUUGGAACACUGCUGUCUAAUUUUUAUUAUCUCGUUGCAUCUGUCGUGGGGUACUGCAAUUUUAUUUAUUUUUUUAUUCGCGAAAUCCUAAAAGUAUUCUAAAUUUCUAUUAUAUUUUAUCAAAUACAAGUACCAGUGCUUGUCCCUGUGUUGUUCAUAAAGUUAUUAAGUUUAAUAUGUUAUUGGAAAGUUGAAGGGUGUAUACUUCGAGUCUACAUCAAUCAUAAGAACCAUGGAGGUGACACACACCUUGAUGCUGAAUGAGGCAGCACUCCAGCAGCUGCCUGAUGACAAGAAGCCACAUUUCAUAUUUGAGUGGCUUCGAUUCCUUGAUAAAGUAUUGGUUGCAGCAGAUAAGACGGACAUCAAGAACUGUCAACAGAAGCUGGUAGCGCAACUGGUGAAUCUACUCCGAGAGUCUCUCGGGCCUCCAGCGCGUCGUCUGCUAGCUAGAUGUCUGGCCACCCUGUUCUCCGUUGGGGACACAUUCCUAUUGUUUGAUACAGUGAACAAGUGUAAUGACAUCAUUAAGGUGAAGGAUGACUCGCCAUCAUAUUUGCCGACUAGGUUGGCUGCGAUAUGCUGUCUGGGCAGUAUGUACGAGAAACUCGGCCGGAUGAUGGGAAGAUCUUACGAGGAGACUGUGACAACCCUAAUCAGAUCGUUGAAGAGUGCCGAGUCGCAAACUAGACUAGAGAUCAUGAAUACUCUUGAGAAGAUCUGUGUGGGCAUGGGCACGGCAGCUCCGGCGGCGGUGCGCGAGGUGUCUCGCGCCGCACGCGCCGCGUUGUUAUCUGACCGCGCGGCGCCCGUGCGCGCCGCCUCUGCGCAUGCGCUACGAAACAUCCUACCGCUGAUGAAGCUCACGCCCGCCGACCUUGACGCCAUAGCUGCUGCGUGCUUGAGGGCCGCGCAUCCCAGUGACUACACGUUGAGGUGUGCUAUUGCGGAACUUUUGGGCGCUCUUAUAGCGACAACCCAAGCCGGAGAAGCAACUAACAUGAAUAAUAAGAUGAAAAUGGGCCAAUCAGUCCAACAAAACAAAAAAGAUUCACAGAAGAACGUAGUAUCAUUGGACGAGGCGCUGAACCUGCUGAUGGGAGCUUUCCUUAGAGGUGGUACCUCGUUCCUCAAGGGGGAAAUCAUCAAAACAGGCUCAGGAGUUAACCGGGAAGUGAGAGUUUGUGUGACGCAUGCUUACGUAGUCUUCGUACAGAAUAUGGGCGGAGUGUGGUUGGAGCGGAAUAUGACCACGUUCCUGAACCACGUGUUGGACUUGGUCGCCAAUCCCAAGGCAGCGAGCUCGCAUGUCGAUGCUGUGUAUUCCAGAAAGUGCAUUAACUACAUACUGCGCAACACGCUCGGCAAAAUGUUGGGCGAAAAAGCGCAAGCCUCGGCGUGCAGAGAGAUCAUACAGAUCGUCAUAAAGCAAAUGAACAGCAUCGACUUCAACCCGGAAAAUGCUAAGGAUUGUAACCAGGAGACAUUGUUCAGCCAGCAUUUGCUGGUGUGCGCGUUGAUGGAGGCGGGCGAGCUCGCGCUGCAGCUCGGCACUUCAGUGCAGAACCUCGUCUCCGACACAUCUCUGAACAUGGUCGACGCUAUCUUUACCGUGCUGGAGCACCCGUGCGUGGCGGCGCGGCUGGCGGCGGCGUGGUGCGCGCGCGCGCUGUGCGUGGCGCUGCCCGCGCUGCUGGCGCCGCUGCUCGACCGCUGUCUCGACGCGCUCGACCACCAGCGCCCCACGCCACACCACAUUUCCGGUUACUCAGCAGCCAUAGCGGCUAUUCUCGGCGCGGUCCAACUGUCGCCCCUCGGUGUACCACACGGGCGAGGCAAGAUCGCAUUCAACGCGGCCGAGCAACUACUACGAUCGGCCGGACAAAGCAGCAGGCUCACCGCUGCCAGGACCAAUGCUGGUUGGCUCAUCGUCGGAGCUAUUUGUACGCUAGGUGUGCCCGUUGUCCGGGGACUUCUGCCUCGAAUGUUACUAUUGUGGAGAAACAGCUUCCCAAGGUCGGCUAAGGAAUUAGAAUCGGAGAAAUCCAGAGGAGACGCUUUCACUUGGCAGGUGACAUUGGAGGGUCGGGCUGGAGCUCUUUCAGCAUUGCAUAGUUUGCUGAUUCACUGUCCAUCACUGGUGAACAGCGAUGAUACUGCUAAACGAUUGACACAGCCCAUCGAUGGAGCCAUUGCUGUUCUUACCAAGUGCAGUGAGCGUGCAGCGGUGCGCAGCUACGGCGGGUCGCUGAAGGCGCCGGCGGCGCUGCUGCGGCUGCGGCUGUACCAGGCGUGCGGCGCGCACCCCGCGCCCGCGCCCGCGCCCGCGCCGCCGCUGCUGCGCCUGCUCGCCGCCGAGCUGGCCGGCGCCGCCGACCCCAGCGGCGCCAACACGCACACCGGAUUACUAAGAAAUGCAAUGCAUCCUCGUGACACCAUAUUAUUAGGAGAAGAAGGCUGGAUAUACGAUACGGAUCAUGCCGACAUUGAGGAACAGUUGACGUCGCCGCUGAGCGCGAGCGGGUCGUCGGCGCUGGAGCACGACCCGUGCUGCCUGUACCGCGGCAGUGCGGGCGCGCCGCCGCUGGGCGUGGCCGUCAUCGACGCCGCCGUCAUGCUGUUCCCGCAGAUAUUCGCACGCGCCGCCAACAAGCACAGACAGCAAAUGCUGGAGCACUUGCGGAGUGCAUCAAGAUGUCGAAGGGCGCGCGGCAGGAGGCGAUCCAGUACGCGCGGGCGCGGCUGCAUGCGCGGGCCGCCUGUGCCUGGUUGUGUGUCGGAGGCGGAGGCGCAGGCGCUGUCGGAGCGCGUGCUGGCCGUGGCGCGGGCGGGGGCGCGGGCGCCGGAGCGCGGGGAGCCCGGGCGGCGGCGGCGGCGGGCGCCGUGCAGAGAGCAAGAGGCACGCACGCUGGUGCGGCCGCGCUGCCUGUGUUGCGGGCCAAUGCGCAGGAUCAUGCGGCCGACUUGCAAGCAAAUCGACAAAUCAAGAAAAAUCUCACUUCAUCUCUUAAAAAGUAUCGUAAUUCAGCGAGGAUGUGAAAAGUUAUUGUCGACACAAAUCCAUCAGGUAUUUCGACUUACUAACCCAAUAAUUUGUCAUAAACUCAACUCUGUCCAGGUGUGGUCCCUGCACGCACUGUCAGUGCUCGCGGACGCGUCAGGCCCGAUGUUCCGAAGCCAUGUAGAGUCUACACUCAACUUGGCGCUGAAACUCUUAUUCAAUGCACCGCCAUUCUUAGACGAUUUGCAUCGCACCAUCGGUCGACUGCUCGCCGCUUUGAUUACUGUUGUCGGACCGGAGCUGCAAGUGGUGGCAGUGGGCCGAUUCUCUUAA